AUGAAUUUCGGAUACAACGACGGAGGAAUCCCCGAUGAAAAAUUUGUAGUGACUGAGGAGCUGACUCUUGAAGAAGCAGCCAGUAAAAAGAAGCUCCCACCUCCUCAGGUUUAUCUAGAAAAAAUUUAUCCAAUCGGAUUUAUUUUCAAAGAAAAAGAAGUUCUUUGUAUGAAAUGUGGGAAGCAGUUCAAAUGCCCAACCACAGAGACAAAGGUUGUUUAUGACUGCCACGCUCGAGCAGCCUGA